AUGGGUGGCUCAGUUAGCCAAGUGUUUCGCUCCGGCAGUGCGCUGCUCUCGAACCGCGAUGGCCAUAAGGUGUCGGAGACAACGGUGGAAAAAGUGAAUACAAUCUUUGACGCACUCAGGGCAAAUCCAAAGAUAUCGAUCCAGCGACUAGAACCACUGUUGCUUCAAAUACCCAAGUACGAGAAUAUCCUCGCUAUCCACGAUGAAACAGGUUACAAUUUACUGCAGAAAAGUGUAGGACUGAACCAUGUAGAAUUAGCUAGGUGGUUACUUCAAAGACAUCGUCCGGAUGUGAACAGGAGCUCGUGUUCUUUACCACUUCAUAUAGCCUGUUUAAAAGGAUACGAGGAAUGCGUCGAACUGCUGCUUAAACACGGUGCUAGAAUAGAUACCGAGGCAAGAAUGUGUUUCCCUGGUGCACAUUCGCAUAAUUGUGAGGAGAGUGGAAAAUAUAAGAAUCAAGGAGAUGAUGUUGGAGUAUGUGAAAGACCAAACACGAAGCUGCAAAAUGCUGUUUGCUACGCGAUCGAUGGUGAUCAGAUCAACGUCCUGAACAUACUGGCACAAAAGAUGGAAGAACCCUGGAUGCCGUUUCGAGUGCGGAAGCCGCUGCUUCACAUUGCUUGUGAGCGGGGUGCUUGGAAAUGUGUGCAGCAUCUCGUGCAAACUCGCUCGGACGAGAUCAAUUUGAUCAAGGACGAAUACUACCCGAUUCAUCAGGCUGUGCUACACGACGGGCGCUUUUUGGAGCUGCUAAUACAACACGGUGCCAUCACGACAGUGCGCACGUGCACCCAACAAAUGACACUCCUACAUGUUGUGAUACUGGCAGCCAGAAAGUCGGCGGAAGAUACCUUAAACACAAUCCGCAUUCUUUUGGAAAGGGGCUGCAAGGAGCUUAUCAACAGUCCUGAUUCCUUAGGCAACACCCCGCUGCAUGCAAUCAUUGUACGAUAUGCGUUGGAGGAGGCUAGAUAUGGUUAUGACAAGUGGAACAAAUGGGAUGUGUUGCAUUUGGUGCGUUUUCUGCUGCAGAAUGGUGCCAAGAGUUCAAUCAAUCAAUCAGGCAACAGUGCGCUCGCGUGCGUCUUCCGUCAUAUACGUGAUUGGGAGGUUUGCUACGAGCUGCUGAACAUGCUUAUCAAAGAAGGUGGAGAUCCAAAUAUCGUUGGACGAGAUGGGUCAGUUCCUAUUAUGGUCUGUUUAGUGCCCUUGAUCAACAAGGAUCCCUUACAUCACUUCACACAUUCAAUGAAGGUAUGUUAUUUGAAUUGCAUUCGAAUAUUGCUGCAAAAUGGCGCGAAUCCCAACUGCUCCUACCGGUCCAACCUGACGCCAUUGCACGUGCUAAUUUUUACCGUUUCGGAGAACUUUACGCUCAACUGUGAUAUUCAGAAGCGCGCUAACUUCGAUUUCAUCAAAAACAUCUUGCUACUCCUGCUGCAAUACGGGCUCGAUUGUAACAUCACCUCGCAGCACAUACUCCAAUCCGUCAUCGAUAUGAUCGGUAACGUGCGCACCUGUCCAGACAUCCUGUGCGUAUACGAAUUGCUACUAUUGCUGAUUCAGUACGGCACGGACCCGAACAUCUCGCUAAGCAACAAACUGAUGGCAAACGGCGCGAGCAGUAGCAAUUCGUCGAUAAAUCUGCGCAGUUCGUUCCGAAAUAACGCGCGCAAUUAUCUCUUAUUCUACUACAUCAUGCUGAUCACGCGCAAGGAGUUCAUCCUGCUGGAUCGCGAACAAACGUACCAACGCAUUAUCCUGCUGUUUUACUACUCCAUGAAGCACGAGCCACUGUUUAACUGUCUGAAAACACUGCACAACCUGCUCAUUGCUCAGGUUCCACACCGUUCCAUCGAUAACCUGCGUCACUUGAUCAUUACACUGUACAAGAAGCCACGCAGCCUCAAGCAGCUCUGUCGGGUGUGCAUUUACAAUAGUCUGGAUAAGAAACUGGCACCGAACAUCAGCCGGUUGAAUUUGCCCGGCCCGUUGAAAGAGUACGUAAUGAAUUUCGACACGUAAAUCGAGAAAUGCGGGUUCGUGUUCUCCCGAGAUCUCUGUAGAUGGUGCGAUAGUUAGUUGUUUGUGUCUCGUAUUGUUAUGUACCCGGUGACUAAUGCAUGUUAUUCGGUUGGUGGUAAGCGAACUUUAGCCUAAGGUAAGGGAAUCCCAUAGUACGCGCACUUUCUUUCUCAGGACGUUGUUUGCGUCGAUCGGCAAGCUUGUUCAAAGUUUAUCUGAUCUCUGUAUUUUCUCCCUACUAUUGUGAUCUGCAUUCUACUAUCUAAUCUCAUUUUGCCGGCUAUUUUCGGAUAUCUAUUGGUUUACAUAAUUUCACAAAUAAACUCACCUAUUACUUUCUAACACCAGGAGUAAAAGUACAACUUUUCGUUUUAAUACGGAUAACAAUUAUGGUGCUUUUGAUUAACCUGAAAUGAACCAUCGCUCGCCGGUAGGUGGAAAUAAGUGCAUGGUGCGUUUGAGCUAGGCAUGUGAUGUGUCCCAAAACCCUUAAAAAACCAAUCCACGGUCAUGAGGAAAAAUAUGAAAAUAUGUACGUGUUUGUGUGUAUAAUGUAAAUAUGUUGUAGUGUUUACUGCAAGGAUACACUUUUAUAGGUAGCUGUUAGAUAAACCAGAGAUAAACUUUAACUGCGACAGAAGAAGGCAGACACGGUAGUAUAUUUAACAAAUCGAAUGCAUUAGAUAUGAAAUACUAAAUAUUGAUCAUGUAAACACAGCCACACUCGGCUCGGGCUUCUUCGGCGCAGUCGAUCAAACG